AUGAGACAGUCAAUUACUGUUGUGCUAUGCGCUGCUGGUCUUCUAGCCGCGGCCUACACGGUCGAUCCUCCUACAACAGCUCCGAGUGAUACCAUACAGGACUGUACAUCUUGGGAUGUUGCUCAGAGUUCAGACACUUGUCAAAGCAUAGCUGAUUUUGGAUUCAUCACACUCGAUCAGCUCUAUGCAUACAAUCCAUCUCUAGCUGCAAGCGGAUGCCCAAUUAUAGCGGGAGACUCUUAUUGUAUUGAGCAGAAUUUUGGAGUGCCACCACCCCCCUCCUCCACCUCAAAGGCGGCUUCGACUACUACAACAGGCAAUGGAGUUACCACGCCAACACCUACACAGACUGGCAUGGUUAGCAACUGUAACAAGUUCCACAAAGUAGUCUCAGGAGAUUCUUGUGCUGUUUUGGCGUCGGCCAACGGUAUCAGCCUGGAUACCUUUUACUCUUGGAACCCUGCAGUCGGAACCUCAUGUGCAUCUCUGAUCCUCGACUACUAUGUCUGCGUUGGUGUCAUCUCGCAGGGUGGUUCAACUACCACUAAGCCAGGCAAUGGGGUUUCGACUCCUGGCCCAGUCCAGACGGGGAUUGUUAGCAACUGCAACUCAUUCCAUCUUGUGGUGUCCGGCGACACCUGUCCCGACAUUGCCUCAAAGAGCGGUAUCAGCCUGGACAACUUUUAUGCAUGGAAUCCCGCAGUCAAAAGCGACUGUACACAGCUUCUUGUCGGCGAUUACGUCUGUAUUGGAAUCAUCGGCGGCACAACAGUCAAGCCCACGUCGACUUCUUCAAAGCCUGGCAAUGGAAUCUCCACCCCAGGCCCGAUUCAAACUGGCAUGAUUGGCAGCUGUAAUAAGUUUCAUCUAGUUGUUUCCGGCGAUACCUGCCCAGAUAUUGCCGCGAGCAACGCCAUAACGCUUGCCAACUUUUACUCAUGGAAUCCCGCAGUAAAAGGCGAUUGUACAUCGCUUAUCGUGGGAGAUUAUGUCUGCGUGGGCAUUGUAGGCGGAACAACAGUCAAACCUACCUCGACGUCGACUAAGCCCGGUAACGGAAUCUCUACACCCGGCCCAAUUCAAACUGGAAUGAUUGGCAGUUGUAACAAAUUCCAUUUGGUUGUUUCCGGUGAUACUUGCCCUGCUCUUGCCUCGAGCAAUGGCAUAACGCUUGCCAAUUUCUACUCAUGGAAUCCAGCUGUGAAGUCGGAUUGCACGUCACUUAUUGUGGGAGACUAUGUCUGUGUGGGUAUUGUGGGAGGGACGACAAUCAAGCCCACUUCAACGACAACGAAGCCUGGAAAUGGAAUCACGACUCCAACUCCUACACAGACUGGCAUGGUCAGCAAUUGCAACAGUUUCUACCUGGUGAAAUCAGGAGACUCGUGUGCAACAAUUGCUGCAUCAAAGGGCAUCUCUCUUGAUAACUUUUAUAAGUGGAAUCCCGCCGUCGGAACUGGUUGCUCGUCUCUGUGGGUUAGCUAUUAUGUGUGCGUCAAUGUUGUUGGCGGCCCUACUCCCACAACGAUGAAGACAUCAAAGACUACUCCGGGCAAUGGUGUAGCCACACCAACACCUACGCAAGCUGGUAUGGUGACCAACUGUAAGACGUUCCAUUUAGGUGAGUUAUUACAACAACCCUGCACGCAUGAUAGUGUCGUGCUCUGA